AUGCGGUUCUCACCAUCUCUCGCCCUGCUGGGCGUUCACCUUGGUGGUGUGACAGCAGCAGCCCAGCCUGGCCUAGCCAUGUACCCACUCUCCAACGACACGCAGUUCGCCUUCAUCCUCGCAGAGAAGCUCUCCCUCGCCAACGGUGGCGGCGCCGCGACGGGCGAGAUCCUGCGCGCGGCCUCACAGAUUGCGCCGGGCGACUUCGAGUCCUUCUACCGCGAGUUCAAGUUCCUGGCCGACAGCAUCCACGCGGCGGGCAGCGGUGCCAAGCACCCGUCGGCGCGGCGCGAGGCCUUCUUCCGCUCGUCGGCCUACUACCGCGCCGCCGACUUCUUCCUGCACGGCAACGCGAGCGACCCGCGGCUCGAGACCCUGUGGGAGAGGUUCGACAUCCCCGUCAUCUUCUACCCCGCCCCCCGCAGCCGGGGCAACUGCACUGCCGUCCGCCGUCCGGCCUUCCUCGUCGGCAACGGGUACGACGGCCCGCAGGAGGACCUGUACCACUCCAUCGGCCGCCAGGUGCACGAGCGCGGGUGGAACUUCGCCACGUACGAGGGGCCCGGCCAGUCGACGGUGCGGCGGCAACAGGGGCUAGGGUUCCGGCCAGACUGGUGGAGCGUCGUGACGCCCGUGGUGGACUACCUGUCGGGGCGGGCCGAUGUCGACACCGACCGCGUCGCCCUCGCGGGCUACUCGUUCGCCGGGACGCUCGCGCCCCGGGCCGCCAGCCGCGAACACAGGCUGGCGGCGGUGUUGCUCAUCGACGGCCUGUAUAGUCUGCAGGCGGCGCUGAGGGACCAGUUCCCGCUGGAGCUGGUGCAGCUGUUCGACUCCGGGAACAAGACCUUAUUUGACGCGGUCGUGAACGAGGCGCGUGCCAACACCAGCACCGUCACCCAGUUCCGCUGGCUGCUCGACCAGGGCACCUGGGCGUUCGACACGGCGAGCCCGUUCGAGUGGUUCACCCAGCUGGGCGAGUACACCCUCGACGGCAUCCUCCCGGACGUCCGAUGCCCAGUCUUCGUCGCGUCCGGCGAGAACGACGACACCGCGCCGGGCCAGCCGGAGGAGGUCGCUAAGCUGCUCGGCAGCCAGGGGUAUUACCACCUGUUCAAGACGGAUCUUGGGGCCGGCGAGCACUGCCAGCUCGGGGCGGAGCCGCAGCUCGCACAGGUUAGCUUGGAUUGGCUGGAAGGCAUAUUCGAAGGCAUCGGCCAGGAAGGGGGGAGCUAGAAAUAGGUGGUCGUCGGUCGGUGAUGGCCAUGCUCAACUGUGUCACUAUACUACAUUAACGGUCGCUCUUUCGAUUAACGGUCGCUCUUUCGCCGUCUCUUUUUCCUUUCUCUCUGAAGACGAGCCAUUUAGAAACUUAGGUAC